UCCGCCAUCCCCCCGCUCCUGUCCCCGCCCCCGUCCCACUAAACGGGGAGGAGCGACGGCUACAAUGGAUCCUCCUGCGGGCUUUGUGCGCGCUUGGAAUCCAGCUGUCGCCGCCCCCCAGAGCCCCCGGCCCCCGGAGGGCGCGCAUUUCCGGGCCGCCCACCGCCCGCGCGCCUCGGUUAGCCGCUGUCCCGGCAGAGUCCAGGCCGCCCCCGCCCGCUCCUUGGCCGUCCGGCCCCAGUCCCCCGCCGAAAUGCCGGUCGAUUUCACCGGGUACUGGAAGAUGCUGAGCAACGAGAAUUUCGAGGAGUACCUGCGCGCGCUCGAUGUGAAUGUGGCCUUGCGCAAGAUCGCCAACUUGCUGAAGCCAGACAAAGAGAUCGUGCAGGACGGCGACCAUAUGAUUAUCCGCACGCUGAGCACUUUUAGGAACUACAUCAUGGACUUCCAGGUCGGGAAGGAGUUUGAGGAGGAUCUGACAGGCAUAGACGAUCGCAAGUGCAUGACCACAGUGAGCUGGGAUGGAGACAAGCUCGAGUGUGUACAGAAGGGCGAGAAAGAGGGACGUGGCUGGACCCAAUGGAUCGAGGGUGACGAGCUGCACCUGGAGAUGAGAGUGCAGGGUGUGGUCUGCAAGCAGGUGUUCAAGAAGGUGCAGUGAAGCCCAGCGGACGGCCAGGCCGUGCCCUCCAGGAAGGAGUGACGUGAAGCACGGGGCCAGGAUCCCCUUCUUUGCACAGCAUGGAGCAAAAAUGCCCAGCCCCUUGCCAACCAGGCAUCUGUUAGCAGAGUGUCUCUUGACUUUGUCUCUCUUCCUUCUCUUAAAACGAAGCCAACCCAAUAAAAGCGAUCUCUGCUGUUGAUGUCUGUUUUGGAAAAGCUUCAAAUCCCCACUG